AUGUCUACAUCUUCGACCCCAGAGCUCGACCAUGUCGAUAACAUAGCACAUGGACUUGUCCGACCAGCUAAGUCCGAUGGACCUGAUUCAGAACGUUCUGUGAACGCGAUCCCGGUCAUGGACCCCUCACACCCGGAUUACCCUCCGCUUCGUCACACUCCGGAUUAUUCUCCACAGCCUCAUGUAAGCCUGGCAAGUGCAGACGCAGAUCAAUCUGUGCUUCGGCAAGCGCAUUCGCCUGACACGGCGCCUGCUGGUCAGCUACAUGGCGAUACUGCACCGCAGACGGCGGACUACAAGAUAAUCAAAUUGAAUCCCCCUAAGGAAGCCGGAAACGUCGAGGAAGACCUAAAGCCCGACAACUCUGAUGACGCGGAUGAAGAAGCCGACUGGGAUAAGAGUAUCCCAGCUGGUAUCCCACGGCUGGCUGAAUACAUGGCUCGCGUGCCUGAGCGGGCUAUUUUCCGUACCUUCCGAACGCUCGGCGUGCAGAAUCUCCUCUUCAUGCAAGCAGAGAUCGACUAUCUGGAGUGGAAGCUUCAUAAUGUGAUGACCAAUUUCAGAGAGGGAAAAGGCGGCAUCACCAAAGAAUAUGCCACAGAUUGGGCUUGGAAUACAAUGGAGGAUUCCGCCAAACCACAGCCCAAGCAGUACCAUUUCAUCAUGCAGAUUCGUGAGAAGCUUGAGAAAUACGGUAAACUUAUCAUUCAAUCUAAGAAGCACUUCUACGACAACGUAUGCUCGCCAAGAUCGCAGCGCCCGAUCAUUUUGAUCUCGACCAGAUUAAAUCCUACAACGUGUCUCGCGCUACACGCGAUAACUGGAUUUUUCACCACAAACCUCUUUAUGGCCUUCCUGAAGACUGUGUCAAAUAUGAUCGGUUCCAUGGACAUGUAG